CACAACUUCAACUAUUUAGUCAAUACACACGUCGCUGGCUGAUUUUACUGUCUUGUUGUCAUAAUGUCGCACCAAAUACUAUUUUCGUCCUACAUGCGGGAGCUGAGGCGCAAACCUCCCAAUCCAGCCACCCUAGAUCCCGACCAUUUCAAACCAGAUGUUUACAACUCCAUGAUGGCUCUUGUCAGAAUCACGGAAGCGCUUAAACGCAAGUCACUAACCACCGUGCAGUUGGUCACUCGUCAUUGGACCCAGCUCUGGCCUUGGAUCAAAACCUUUGCGCGGCUCGCGUUGGAUAAACCAUUUUUUACCAAACAAGGCUACGAGUUUGUGGAGAGUUUUUUGUCGAUGAGUACAGUGCUUUUCUUAUACACCAUGCACCAACCCAGCCCCGGAGAUUUUAUGCACGAGGUUGGGACUGUUCUCAGUGCCACUCCAGAAAUUCUCGGUCUUGCGACAGAGAUGUGGUUAUUGGCCACUCGGAUGGACCACCAAUCCCUUCAAAACCACUAUGACUCGGUCGGAUUACACCUCGAAUGUUACUUGCACGCCAAUGCCCAGGUGAAGAAGGAGGUAGAAAAACAUUUCAAAAGGGUUCUGUUCUCGUCCCCACAGGAAGUUUCACGCUCAGUAGUGAAAGGUAUCAUCUGCCUCGCCACACCAAAGCAAGUUCUCUGCUAUACACUUCAGAGUCUCCUCAUCUUCUUCCAAGAGCUUUCGUGCACGUAUCCUGCAGAAUUUUUCCAGCUCUCGUUGGCUCAUGACGGCCUACGAUGGACAGGCUAUGUCAUCACGAAACUCGCAUCACCCAAAAAGUACUACGAAAACUGCUUCUUCGACGACAUCACGAUAUGCAUUGCAAAGUGUCUGCAAUUCAUUAUCAGCUGUAUCCGCUUCGAUUCGAGCGCAGCUGCCGAGGCCUUGGAGGAGGAUAUUAUUCCUUCGAUGUUCAAAUCUCGUGACAUGAUUUUGGACGAUGUAGAAAUACGAGGUGUCGGCGGGCGAAACGGUUUGGCGGCACACUAUGCGGACUUCCUUGUUUUGUUGUCGCAACGUCUGCUGCACCGAGAAAUAUUGGUACGGGUCAUUCGUUCGAUUAGGAAGGUUCAGAGGCUGGAUUUGGAGGAAGGAUUUCGCGACGUGCCUCGCGUAUGGGAUGAAUGGGUGGCAUUGCGGAAUGAGGCUUUGAGAAGAAACUCGAUAAACAAAGCGGUAGAUGCUUCGUUUCGCAGUCCUUGGUCUAUCGCAGGAGUUUGCGGCGGUCCACAGUGUCCUCGUGAAGUCUUAAGCACCAUGGAACCGGUACAUUUUUCUUUCCAGCGUUGUAGCGGUUGCCUUUCAGUGAUCUACUGUUCCCCUAAGUGUCAAAAGGCUGACUGGCCACGACACAGGGAGCAAUGCAAAGCGAUCCAGCAAAAUAUUCGAGCUGGUGGAUUUCCCAACUACACGAAACUGGAUUUUCACAUCUUCAAAAAGCAAAUAUGGCACGACUAUAUCGCGAAUAAAAAUCAUAUUGAAAACUUACUGGAGCAGCGCAAGAUUGAUAUUCCCCGCGAGAGCUCUGACGUCUCAGUCGUCACUCUGAUGGACUACGGAGAGGUCCCGGUGACAUUUGUUGCGGAACGAGUUGAAGUCGCUUGGAGAACCUUUGGCUUACGGGAUCUAUUACCUUUCGAUGAAACUGAUGCUCGGAGUUUAAUAGCGAUUGCGAAAAUUCCGUGGCGCUUCGGCAAGCGUCAGCCUGCCAUAUGCUUCCUUCGUGCGGAUGAUAUUUGAUCGUUCGUGAAGCCUCCCGUAGCCAGUUCAUCGCACUGCAACGGCACAUACCAUCAUCCUUGUUUGAUUUUAGGUGGCAAUCCUAGAUUUUUUGGCUCGUCCCGCUUACGUUCUAGAACGCUAUACUUAAUGCUUGGUCUCUUGCACCUCACCCUACCGUGAUAACACAUUUGACGAAUUAAAAGUGUAGUCGUCCUUCGACUGUCUAAUUGGCCUCGCCUCGUCCAAUCAAUGCUACUGCUUGGGCUGGCAAUACUCAAGUUCAACAUUCAAAAUUUUGCCACAGAUCAAUAGGCUCCUGUUCCUGUAGGAAUCCCAGUUCUUUGAAGUCUACCUAGUCUAGUUGGAAGUUUUUAUUAUGGUGCACCACUGCACCAGCAACGCAGAAAAUACCGAACUCGCGCCGCCAGCGGGCCGUGGUCCAGGC